AAGCACCUACCUAAGAUUGUCAUCUAACUUUACUUCGCAUCAAUACACACGGUAACAGACAACCUUAUGUUUUACGAAUUAGUCCGCCUGUACUAGGUGUACCUUUGUUGAACCGUGGCCGUGAUUAUCCACAAUGACAGGCACCGAUCUAUUGUUUGCUACAGUAUACCAUUCGUAUAUCGAUAAUGGUGUUGAAGAAACACAUCGCCAUGAUGGUACCUUAUGUGUCAGUUGUAAUGGUAGGCUUAUUAUUCCUUCAAGUGAGCCACGCGACCACCUGUUAUGAGACGGACGCCCUUGGCUUUACGCCGACACCGACUUUUUAUUGUGAGGACUUGGAGGUCUGCUGUGGAACUGAGAGAAACAGGGAAUGUUGUGGAGAAGACAGCGAUGACAACGUUGGUAUCAUCAUUGGUUGUGUGGUUGGAAUGAUAGUCCUCAUUAUAAUUGUGACGAUAGUUGUAUGUCUGAUCAAGCAGUCUAAACGGCCACAGAAAGGCGCAGUUAUCAAACCAUAUCCAGUGACUUCCAGUGGAGUCGGAAGAAACGGUUAUCAACCAUAUCCAGUGACUUCCGGUGGAGUUGGAAGAAACGGUUAUAAACCAUAUCCAGUGACUUCCGGUGGAGUUGGAAGAAACGGUUAUCAACCAUAUCAACCCUUUCGUGGCGCUCCCACAACCAGACUGCCACCACAUACCCAUAACUACGUUGUGCCUCCAGCAAGAUUGGCAGGAGUACCAAAAACCCUAAAUGUACGGAAUGAUGUAGCGCCAUCUAUAAACUCCGGACCAGAUAACGUCCCUCCCGCAUUCAACUAUGUUCCUCCGAAAUUUGCUCAACGAUAGUGAUCAUAUCAAACGACGGAUUUUACAUAUGUUGGUUUGAAAGACAAAUCAAAUUAAAACUGAAUUAAUGUAAGUAUAAAUGUAUCAAUUCAAUAAAAAAAAUUGACAAAUCACUACGUCAAAAUAUCCCUUUGUGACGUACAAGACAACACAGACAUCUGAUUGGUGCCACUUUCAGUCUCGUUUAAUAACCAGCAGUCCGGCGGAUAUACGUUCAUUGCUAAACGCCGAUUGAUGAGUAGUCAGUGAUGAUAUAACGGAAGUGACGCACAUAUCAGAGGAGGAAAGAUGAGGAGCAUAUAUCUAAUGACAAUUGUUAGACGGGAGCAUGACUUUUGGUGAAUAACAUACAAUAUUACGUGUUUGUGGAAGUUAGGGUGGGGCCUACAAGCAAACGUGACAGGUAGUUUGUUUACAUUAUGUAGUCAUCAAAGUCGAACGCAUAUAUAAGCAGACCCCGUUAUCUCAGAUAUCAAGUAAAACCAGUAACAAAUUCGAUACAUUUAAUAUAUUUAUUAAUGGCGUAUGUUUUGGCCACAGCUUCCUGACUUUUAAUUGGACCGCCGCCCUUCAAUAGGUAUACGGCAAGUCCCAAUCAAUCAAUCAAUCAAUCAAUAAUUCAAUAUAUAAUCAAUACAACUGGACUGCCGCCCUUCAAUAGGCCUAUGGCAAGUCCCAAUCAAUCAAUCAAUCAAUCAAUAAUUCAAUAUAUAAUCAAUACAACUGGACUGCCGCCCUUCAAUAGGCCUAUGGCAAGUCCCAAUCAAUCAAUCAAACAAUCAAUCAAUGCAAAUCAAUAAUCCAUACAAAUCAAUCAAUCAAUAUUUCAUCAAAUUAUUAAGCUCUGAACCCCGUGAUAUUUACCGGUAGCUCUGAACUUCAGUAUCCAUACAAUGUUAAAUAAUAUUAUUCCAAGUGUUAAAAUUCUCAAGCUCUGAACCCCGUGAUAUUUACCGGUAGCUCUGAACUUUGAAUGUCCAAUGUCAACGCACUUGUAUCACUGUAUAACCAAAUUGUUAUACCACAAUUUUAUUUCAUUGUUUAUGUUUAUAUCUUGUGUACGCGCCAUCGCCAUAUGAAUGGCCAUUGCUCAACUUACUAGAUAAGCAAUGGACAUUCACCGCCACAACAGUGGGGGGAGCGACACAAGACUACUGCUAUGACCAAUACAUACACCUGCUUGAUAAUUUAUUAUUAAAAAAAAAUUUAUGAGGGGUACACAAACACAUUGUUUUCCCAAAACUGCUUCAACGCCUCCCCCAAAAUCCUAAGAAAUAACCUGUUUCCUGAGACGGAAAGAUGGACUUUGUCCCCCACAAAAUAUUCAAGGUUUGAAAAAUCCAAACCAGGGUAUCUUACAUAAUAUCCCCCUUGACCCAAUGUAAAAUUUGCCGCUGAGGCAUUAACCCUAACUCGCGCCUUAUUUAACGCCCUAUUUGCUCCUCCCGUUUUGUCAGCUCUCCAACUAUUCCUAGGCAAAAUUUGUGACCAAACAAUUUUGGUAUUUGGAAGCAGCGAGGAAAUUGACCGUAGAGUCUUCCUCAUUCUACCUCGUAGCACCUGUGCAGGGAUAGUACCAAUGGCAUUACCCCCACAAUGUAUGACUAGCAACUUCGGAGGAUCCUCGUACCGUAGCAUCUGGCUAAUCUUUGGAAAAAAAUCAGCCCACUUCAUGCCUCCUUUUCCUUGCCAGAACACUCCAUUUUCUAUAGGUAAAUUGAGGUUGACCCCUCCCUCCAAUCUUGCCGCACAAAAAGCUCUUUUGAUGAUCGACGAUCCAACAAUCCAAAUACCUAGAAAACUUAAGGCAGGUGUUAGACACUGCCCUUAAACAUUGAGUAAUCGAGCCGAGGGGAUUCUGAUAUAAUUGGCAACAAUACCUGACCGCCAACGACCAUAUCUUCAUCGGACAACCCAUUGACGCUUGCUGAAGUUGCCGCCCCUAUUCUAAAGGAAUGGGAUUUGUAACCCUUACUCUCUAAACCUAACACAGUUAUUGCCUUUUGUAACAAAGCUGAAAAUUGAUACCUUGUCAGUGGUUCCCCCCAAAAAUGACAAAACAGAGGGCCUGGGACCUGGGGUCGAAUCCUGAGAAACCUCUCCAUGCUAGUAAAUGGACACAAACUCAUCCCAUUAUUAUCUAGUAUCAUAAGUGAACCUUUUCCAUCUUGGUCAGUUUUGGAAUAGAAAAUUUUUAUCAUCACUGUUCUUUCUUUAUGAUUUAAUGCUACAUCUGACACAUUCAAACAUUUCCCAUUCUUUGCAGUCAAUUCAUGCCUCCUUUUCCUUGCCGUACCGUAGCAUCUGGCUAAUCUUGAAAUUUUUUGAAAUCCAAACAUAUUUCACCAAUUAUUUUCAAAUUAACCAUCCAUUACCUUGCAGCUUAUUCGAAAAAGAGGCUGAACUAGGCAAAGGGGAACAACUCUUAGGGUAUCCCAUGCAAGGUCCCACAACCCUAUUAGCCUGGCUACUGAGAUAACGGAAUUUAUUGAGUGUAAUGACAAUAAAUUCUAAUUAUGUCUGAUGACGUAAUACUGUCCGAAGUUCAGUAUAUGUUUUUUCUGAUUUUCCUCUUUACAUUCAUGAUACAAAAAUGACCAAUCAUUAUCAAGUGGGCGGAGUUUCAAUUUUUUUUUUCACAGUGAUUUGACAUUUUGACAUAUUUAUUGCCCCAAAGCUGAGCUGACGAUUAGGCACAAGUUUUUUUUACUUUCGAAUUCAGAAUAUGUUAUUGUCAAGAUGGUACAGACAAAGGGAAUUGGGCAACAGGACAAGCCUAUAAAAGCCCUCUCCUAAUGAUAUAUAUAUAUAUACAGCAUAAUGUACAUACCAAACAUAAAUGUGAAUGCUGUAACUAAUAACUGCAAAGAGAUUCCAAAACAUGUAUAUUACUCAAUUCAAGUGGGAAAUUGCAUUAUGAUAUUAACUGAUGAUACUUUGUAAUCACUUAAAAAAUAGCAACAGACAAAAAACAGUCCAUUCACAAUCAAUAGAAAAAACAGUUAUGAAAAAUUUACAAUCUCCAGUAUUGAGUCAAGAAAAUCGUCUGGUAUCGACAAUGAAUCUCUGAACCAAGUCAAGAACGGAUUUGUUUAAAAUAAUAUCCAUAUCAAAAGAACCAAAUAAAAUAAUUGUGUAUUCUGCAGCAUAUGACCGUUUUAAAAAUAGUAGUACAUUGUGUAUCACGAUCAAAGUCAAGAUGUUGUAAGAAUUCACGCUUUAAGGUAUUUAAAGAGGGCAUUGAGGGAAACAGACAAGUUGGAUUGUUCCAUUUAGACAUGAUUUUUUGGGAAAAAAGCUUGUAUUAUAAAGGUUUGUUCUAGCCUGAGGCACAUCAAAAAGGCUAUUAUGACGUAAUGGGUAAGCAAUAUUAUUUGUGUUCAUAUAAGGUUAAAUAGAUUCACUAAAAUGAGCAGGACAUAAUUUAUUAAAAAUCUUAUAAAACAAAAUAUGUUUAGAAAGACGCUUAGAAAGUGGAAUAAGAACAGAUUAUCUAUACAAAAUAGCAUUACUUGUUCCCCGUCUCAAACCAGUAAUGAUGCGUAUAGCCUCGAGUUGGAUCGACUCUAGGAGCUCACACUCUCUUUCACUCUCUCUCUCUCUCUCUACGUCAGCAUAUUCUAAUAUAGGCGAAUGAAUGUUCUAUAAAUUAAAAGCAAUGAGUGUAUGUCAAUUCUAUAUUUUAGCAUUCGGAGAAUAUUUAUUCUUUUAUAAGCUCUUUCAUAAAUAAGGUUAACAUGGUCAGACCAUUUUGCAUGAUUGUUAAAUACUAAACCAAGAUGAUUAUGAGUACGAACAUUUUUUAUCAAUGAGUUAUUGAAGUAUAAAUCAGGGUGUGAAGUCUCAGAGUCUAACCUUCUCGAGAAUAAAACAGAUUCAGUUUUAUCAGGAUGGAAUAUAAUACCCCAUUUCCUCGACCAGGCUGAUAUUUUUUUCCAAAUCUUGAUUAAGAAUGGUGGAAGCCUCUUGUCUGUCCCUCUCAAUUAAAACAUAUAGGGAAGUGUCAUCAGCAAAAAGUUUUACUUUAGACACUAAAUUAGCGCAUAUAUCAUUAAUAUAUAGAAGAAACAGCUAAGGACCUAACACUGAACCUUGAGGUACCCCUGCCUGUCGAGUUUUCCAUGUAGAUUUAAAUCCAUCAAUGACCUCUCUCUGUCUUCUAUCAGUUAGAUCAGAUGAAAACCAUUUUAAAACAUUGUUACUUAUACCAUAUCUUUUUAAUUUAUAAAUUAGACCAUCAUGCCAAACCCUAUCGAAAGCUUUACUAAUAUCGCAAAAUACCAUUCUUUUUUUCUUUCAUAUUAUUAACGUCUUUUUUUUCUACCCCAGUUCAUAUAUUGAUAUUUACAUGAUAGCAUUUAACAAGGCAUACAAGUCAUAACAUAAUUAAUACAUUUUACUUAAAACCUGUCGCUUGAUUUGAUAAAAAUUUGUACGUGCCUGAAAACUUCUGUAUACAUGUUUACAGAGAUAUUUUCUUUUCCUAAAUGAAAAUAGAUCUAGAUUUACAAGAUAUAUAUCUAACGACCUAGUGUUUUGAAAAAAAAGUGGUUCGUCCUGCAUUAUAAAGGUUACAUUCUAAGAAAAAACUGUGUAACAUCCUAACAGGAAUGUCAACAGUUGUAUGAACCGUUUUCAGCUAUCUUAACACGGAACAAAACGUGUAGAAGGGUUAAAAGAAUGAAAAUAAUGAUUCGGAAAACAGAAUUCUGCGGACAAAUUGUUUUGUAUAUUUGUUAUAUUGUUUUCCUUAUAUCGAUUCUAUAGAUCACUUAUUUUCAGUAUUACGGUUAUACUAACCCAGCUAUAUCGAUACUACGGAUUACUUGUUUUGUCUUAUUGUGGUUGUAAUAACAUUAUUUCCAUUUUGAAAACCGGAUAAUUCCUGGAUUUGACCUAGAUUUACAUUUUUGCCGGUUUAGAUGAAACAGGUGCACAGUUAUUUCAGAACGCCUUGUUUAAUUCUCUUCUCCUAUUCUCUUAUUGUUUAGGUGUAAGUAGAUGUUGAUAUUUCCCUCAUUUAAAUUACGACUUUCUUUCCCAUUGGUGGCUUUUUGUUGUUUUUAUCUUAUGUUUUAUUAUAUUAUCUUAUUGUCUAAGUAUGCUUGAACUGUGUAAGCGUUCACUUUAUGAAUUCAUUCCAUUCUCUUUAACAGUCAUGUAAAAUAAUCCUGUUAUCAAAACAGUUGUAUAAGAUUAUUUUUGUUUGUAUCGUUUGAAAUGAGAUGAAUAUGUUUUAAAGUGGUAAUUUUUUUCAGUUUUGAAAUCUUUUUUAUUCAUCCUUUUACAUAUAGUAUACAUACAGGUACAUAUAUUA